CUUGCGAAUCCCGACCCACCCCGAGAAGCCAGCAAUUCAGUCGAGCCAGUGACGGCGCACGCUGCCACGCUGCCAAUCUCGACGGAUAGAACCAGUGGAGGGUCUUUGGAGAGGAGAGAGAGAGAGAGAGCGAGAUCCGGCCGUCGGCCACAUAGCCAGAGUCGACACACGUUCCUCGGGUCCCCUCAACACCCAUCCGUCAAAUCGACCGAUUUCCAAGCAUCCCCGUCCGAGGUGCGCGCCAGCACCCCCGUCGCUGCACUCGCCUGCAUCCCACCACCGCGGUUCUGCGUCCGCUCGCUGUUCUCCACCCUCCUUCUCGGCAUUCCUUCACAACCACCUCGACCUUUGCGCUUCCUCUCUCUUUUCUUCCUCCUCCUUCUUCCUCCCCUCCCUAGAUUGUCGCUAUAUACCAACGUCCGUCGUCCUGUAAAGAUCAUGACUUUCUCCUGAAUCCCCUCCGAACACGAUCCCGUCUGGGUCUCGCGAUUCCGACUCGUUCCUUUUCCCCCGCACAAUUUGGGACCAGCGCCAUCUCAUUCCCGCCAAUUUCGAAGCUACCGAUACAUAGUACCUGGGCAUAUACCUCGAACCAACCCCUCCGUCACUCCCAAUUCAACCACAUUACCUGCGCCAACCGAUCAUUGAUUCGUGUAUACUAUGAGACUCCGCAAAGCUGCCCGCGUUAUUCUCGUCGGAGCCCCCGGUGUUGGAAAAGGAACGCAGUCCGAACGACUCCUUCAACGGUUUCCCCAGAUUCAGUCCAUUAGCACCGGAGACCUGCUUCGCAACAAUGUCAAGCUCCGGACCCCCCUCGGUAUCAAGGUCGAGAACACCAUGAAGUCCGGCGGACUCGUGGCUGACGAUCUGAUUAUGCGCCUCAUCUCCAACGAGAUGUACAAGAACGGCUGGCUUCUCAACAGCCGCAGAAGGCCUCAGGUCAUGACCUUGUCAUCUUCCGCCGCCACAGUCGACUCGUUCUACGAAGAGCAGCUAGAUGACUUUGUCACGGCUACCGGAGCUCUGGACAGCCAUGGGCCACCGGAGGCAUCCGAAGACCCCGACGCCUCUUUCAUCCUGGAUGGUUUCCCACGGACUGCCACCCAGGCGGCGGUUUGCGACAAGUUGAUUCCGAUCAACCUGGUGGUGUCGCUCAAGACCCCGUUCAACGUCAUCAUGGAGCGCAUCUCCGGCCGCUGGGUCCACGAGCCCUCGGGACGCGUGUACAACACAUCCUUCAACGCCCCCAUGAUUCCCGGCAAAGACGACGUCACCGGAGAGCCACUUACACAGCGUCCGGAUGACACUGAGGCGGUGUACAAGGAGCGCUUCCGCAAGUUCCAGGAGACCAGCGAGCCUCUUCUGGAACACUACGACAAGAAGGGCGUUCUCUGGGAGGUCGAGGGCAUGAGCAGCGACGAGAUCAGUCCCCUGCUCUUCGACGAAUUCGAGAAGCGCUUCGUUCAUUGAUUUAAAUUCAUCUUUUGUUAUAUCUACAGGAGUUAUACGUGGUCAAGAUACCUCGGGCUGGCCAGAAAGACCCAUGGCUAAAAACGGGCAGGUCGGACGGACGGGAAUAAUCCCCCAGGGCGGAUGCAGCGCAAACAAUCUGCAGCUUGAAAUGUCGAUAGUUAUCAUGAGUAUUUUUAACAAUGUACAAAUAUUUC